AUGGACUCAUGUCAUGCGUACUUUAUGAAGCAGGCAUUAAUAAUGGGUGAAAAAGCACUUGAGACAGGCGAGACGCCGGUAGGAUGCGUCCUUGUUUAUAACAACAAAAUCGUCGGUUCAGGGAUGAAUGAUACCAACAAAUCCAUGAAUGGCACAAGACAUGCUGAAUUCAUCGCCAUCGAGCAAAUGCUUGAAAAUCACCCUAGAACGCUUCUUCGUUCGACAGACCUAUAUGUGACUGUUGAACCGUGCAUUAUGUGUGCUUCUGCUUUGAGGCAAUAUCAGAUUCGUACCGUUUAUUUUGGCUGCGGAAAUGACAGGUUCGGAGGGACCGGAAGCAUCCUCUCGCUGCAUUCUGACCUCUCGAUAGACCCACCGUAUGUGGUACAUGGGGGGCUAUUUCGGGAAGAAGCUAUAAUGCUACUUCGGCGCUUCUACAUACAAGAAAAUGAAAAUGCUCCCAAGCCUCGGCCUAAGAAACACCGUGAGCUCAAGACGAGCUUUCAGAAUAGCGUACCGGACAGUCAAUCUUCGAGCCCAACCAUCUGAAGUAUGGAAUACCAGCUCAUAUUAUGCCCUCGUAUCCUGCAGCAGAAAUCCCCAGCUGUCUGGAUUGACCCAAUAAAGGCAAGCUGUUGAAGAGGGUUUCACAUUGCGCUAGAAUAUAAAUACGUAUACAACAGGUUUCGCGGUGACAGAAGAAACAAGGGCAUAUCUAAUGUUUGUCACUAUUCAUUCCCCCCGAUAUUCAGAGCGAGCGAUACGGCUAUUUCAGGCGUUCCGCUUCGAGCUCCCGUUCCGCUUGUUGAUAAUAUUUGGCGGUGUCGACGCCAUGCUAUCAAAGGGUCAGCAUUCGAGUUUCGAGAUGCCUAGACUCCGCCAAUUCACCAGGCUUGCGUGCAUAUCUGAUAUACUUACUUGAUCGUGGUUGACAAUAUUGAUCCAUGGAAUGACAUGGCUGAAAAGCUGAGAAUAACGCGAGUUUCUAGCAGCAAC